AAUGGGAGAGAACGACGUAAAUCGCCCUGUUUUCGAAAGGUCCUUUGGGCAAAUUGGAAUAUAUAUGGACAUUAUUGAAGCCGUUCCUAAAAAUAAGGAUGAAUACGGAUUGAGGCACUAUUACAUUCAAGAUUUGGAAGAGAGAUUUCUCUCUGAAUUGCAAAAUACUCGACUAGAUAAAAUUAAAGGAUUAUUCGAAAAGCAGAGAAUUUGGAAGGGUGUAAUUAUCGAGAGUUUCGAUAAAGGUAUUGUAAUGAAAAUUGGUUUAAAUGAUAUGGAGGCAAUUGAAGAAGUUUGGUCCCAACAUCAAACGAAUCAAUUACAAGACAUCCUUCAGUCAACGUUAGUCGGCUACCCGAUGAAAGAGAAUCUAAGAAUAACCGAUAUACGUCUAAGGGUGCGACUGUACGAGGACGAAUAUAAAGGCUGUAAAAACGAACUUUCGCUGCCCGAUAGCAAGUUCAAUUUGGUCGAUAAACCCAAUGAUUUAUAUAUGUUAAGACUCGUAAAAACAUUCCAAAAACAACAAAUCGAACCGCAACUACAAAACUUUCAUAAAGGAGCCUCUUCAAUCAACAAUUGCCUAAGCGAAUUGCUACUAGGCCUAAAGAGGUUCUUGCCAAAGGACAUUGUGGUUGAAUCCAGGCAGCACUUAAUUAGUUUGGUGGAAGAUCAUUUACGAGGCAAAAAGUACGCUAAUUUGGAUUUAAUUAACAAAUUUUGCCAAAUUCUUGGCGAUGUAGUUAAUUUCUGGGCGAGCCUUACUGAAGGUGUUUUGUAUCCCCUUGCGCAAGUACACAUGCAAUGUGAAAGUCCCUCUCAAAGGCAAUUUCACAAGGAUCUAAGAGAUAGAGUUAAUGAAGCCACUAAUAGCGGUAAAAUUGAUUUCAAUUGGACGAAAAUGAAACAUGGUAGCAUCUUAAGGAGAAUCCUUCCGAAGGAGAGUGAAAGAUUUUCGGGUUUAUGUAGCAUUUUACCCAUAUUGGUUGACAAAUUGGAUGAUUUCGAUCACGAUCUUCAUGAAUAUCUAUCAUCUUUUCCAAUUGCUAUUCAAGUAUUGUAA